AUGUCCCCCGCCCUUCCACUCGAGCUGCAAGACAAUAUUUUAACUCUUGCCACACGUGACACCCGUCACGCUGCACGAAAUCUGAGGGUGUCACGCCACACACAUCGGUGGCUAGAAAAAUUGAUGUAUAAAAACAUCGUCUUGUAUGGUGAAACGGAAGUCAGGCGAUUUCUGGAAUGUCUUCACCUGCGUCCAAUGCACGUUGAAUUUGCGCAACAAUACAUCAAAUCUCUAUUUCUCGUCGGUUCGGUACUCAAAUCGACUGUGAUCGAUAUCCUUUCACUCUGCGAUCACGCAACUUGCCUUGCUCUCGUGCUUUCCACCGACGAAUUCGCCCCAGAUGUAUCAUCUCUAUGGCGUGCCCUUGAUGCCCUCCCACUCAAGUCGUUACUGCUCGCCGUAAAACUCGACUUGGCAUCAUCACUCAGUACAUCACCACCUGCAUUCAAGCACUUGACCCAUCUCGAUGUCAACGAUGAUUUCAUACUGAAUAAACCAAAUUCAGGAUUAGAUGGUGUCGGUACAUUGACGCACCUCUGUGCGGUGCUCAACACAAGAGCUGAUCCGGUGGCGGUCAUGCGCCUCAUCAAUAAUACACACCUUCAAUUACUGGCGUUUCGCGUGGACGUUCAGCACAUUGUGAUCCAAAGAUUCCUUGAAAAGCAUGGACUCCUCGAUCGUCGAAUCGUGCUGAUGCCAAUUGAAAUGACAAAUUGGUCCCUCCUUGGUCAGGGUGAAAUGUUGGUUUGGGAGUUGGCGGAGGAGCAGCUGAAGCUUCCAAUCCCCGAGGAUAUGGAUCAGCCUAAGACAAUCACACAGUAG